AUGUCAGAAGAAAAUGUUAACCCAAUCGAGGAAACUGCAGAAAUCAUUACUCCUGUAGAAGAAACUGCCGAAACCAUUAUUCCUGAAUCCACAGAGAAAAACGAAGAUAAAUAUGACAAAGACAGAAUCCAUAUAACGAACCUUCCCAUUCUGGGAUUUAAGCAGUUUAAACACUUCUUGUCAAAAAACUUGGAAGGAUUGAAUCCGAAGAAGGUCAGGCAGCUGAAAGGUUCUGCCUACGUAUCUCUUGCUACACCUGAAGAAGCAGACAAAGCGAUAGAGGUUUUGAAUGGCUUUCAAAUCAAGAGAUGUACAUUGGUAGUUAAACGUGCUCUGACCGAAGUGAGAACUUUUAACUCAGGUCCUUCAGAGAAUGGCGAGAAUGGCAGAGAGAAAAUAGUUCCAAAGACUGCGUUAGAGAGUGUAACUCCCCUACAUAACAUACCUUAUGAGGAACAAUUAAAGAAGAAGCACGAAGCUAGUCUAGACGUUGUAAGAAAAUUGGUCUCGCAAAUGAGGAAAGCUCAAAGAAAUGACGUUCCUCGACCAGUUCAUUUGCUCAGACCUAUCAAGCCAUCCCCAAAAAUUAAAGAGUAUCGAAACAAAUGCGAGUUCACUUGUGGAUUGACUCUUGAUGGCGAAAUUUGUGUAGGAUUUGUUGGAGGUCGAUAUUCCAAAAAUGAGCAUUACGUGAUUCCUGCCGAUGACGUUGAGAACAUUACUAAUCAAACUAAAGCGAUUGUUAAAGAUUUCAAGGAGUUUGUUUUGGAAACAGGACUUCGCCCAUUGAACGAAGCUGAAAAGACUGGAGUGUGGAGGUUGUUGACUGUACGAGAGUUCGGUGGUGACGUUAUGGUGAUCGUCAGUGUUUAUCCUUUUGGUCCCGAAAAAGAGGCUGAAAUUAAGGAAAAACUUUCCGCUAGACUAUUAGACAUUAGCAAUUUCACCAAUAAAGGAUAUCGUGUAACUUCGCUCUACUGGCAAUCCAUUGAGCAUUGCAGUGACACUCCUGAUUUUGUGCAUAUAGGAGGCGCUCCUUUCAUCUAUGAGAGUUUGAUGGAUUGUCGUUUUCGAGUUUCCCCGUCAGCUUUUUUCCAAACUAACAGCCAAGCUGCGUGUGUGUUAUAUCAGACAAUCGGAGAAGCAUGUGGGAUAACCUCUUCUGCUGAGCAAGCAACAGCUAUUACUCCUCCUGAGGCAGAGAAAAAAGUCGAGGACAAUUUGAAAACUGAAGAUGAGGGUGUGGAAUGUAAACGUAUCAAGUUGGAUGAAAAAGAAACAUCACCUCAAUCUACUGUACUACUUGAUGUAUGUUGUGGCACCGGUACAAUUGGACAAUGUUUGAUGAAGUCGUUCAACAAUGAUAAGUUGUGCUGUGUAGGAAUCGAAAUGAUUGAGUCAGCAGUUGAAGAUGCCAAAAUGAAUUGUCGAAUGAACAACAUUCCUGAGGAAAAAUGCCGUUACCUAGCAGGGAAAGCGGAAAAUGUUUUUAAAAGCCUUAAGUACAAUAUGCCUACCGGAUUCUCGCUAGACACUUCUAACGUUGUUGGAAUAUUAGAUCCACCAAGAGCUGGAUUGCACGAGAAAGUCGUCUUAGGCUGUAGACAGAUGGACAAACUGAAACGUCUGGUGUUCGUUUCAUGUGAUCCGAACGCAGCUACGAAAAAUUUGGUUGAUUUUUGCCGACCCACGUCGAAAAAGUAUGACGGAACACCAUUCAGUAUUGAUUAUAUUCAACCUGUUGACAUGUUUCCGCAAACUAACCAUUUCGAGUGGGUUGUAUCAUUAUCUCGUUGA